UCUUCCUUCUCUCUCGCCGCCACUUUCUCUCUUCUAUUUACUACUCUUUCCCUUUCUUACUAGCCACGCACCCUUCACCCCUCGAAGCACACGUGCCACCACAGAUUUUCCACCACCACGCUCUGUCUCUCUCUCAAAGCUACGUUUCCCCUUCCCAUCGGCCACCCCUACCAACGCUCGAUUCACCCCCAUCGAGCUUUCUCCCCUCCAAUGCCAUCCUUUCUCUCGCACACGAUCCAACCUCGCCACCGCCGCCUCUCACCGAUCUUUUCUCUCGUUUCAUCCCUUCCGAGUACACCCGAACCGAUCGUCGAUCUCCGUCUCAUCGGUGGUCGCGCUGUCUGUCGCCGACACUGUGCAGCGCGACCAGUCAGUCCGGUUGCCUACCUCGGGCGCUGUUGACAGCCACCCUUGUACGCGAGAAAAUUCUUCCCGAUGCCAGCCGCGUUACCACCACUGCCUCUUCCACGAUAGAGUGGCAAGGGACGUCGCGACCAGUGGCCGUCUUCCUCCUCCAGACGAGAAACUGCCGAUAUUCAAUUUCAACGUGGUGCCGUUUUGUGUGUCGUUUCUAGAUAAAACAAUCUUAUAUCAUUUUCACCAGUGUGCACGUAUAUACCGCGAGAAACGUGAAGUCGAGUAGUGAUUCGAUAGUUGUAGUAAACCGCGCACGUACGUGGGUUUCAGGGUUCCAAGUGUUUCGUUAUGCGUUUAAGCUGUUGGUCCCGCUCGAUUGCUGCCAGCAGCUAGAAUCACGGGAUCAAAAGUAAGGGGUGAACAGGAAGGGGUGAGAAUAGGAACGGCUUAGAGUUUAGAGGGUCGAGGGGAAGGAUGAUGACGAGUAAGCGGAGGACGAGUAACGUGGGAUCAUGGUGGUGAUUGAUAGUGGUGGAAAAGCAGCACCAGAAGCGGUAAAAACGGAACGGCGGAAGCAAGCGCUUUUGGCAUGAACGAGAAGGAAAACAGUCUCGAUGAGGCUCGCGGUCGCGGCGAUGCUUAUAGACGUGACGUGACUGUCUCGCUGUACCAACGCUCCUACUGUUCACGCUCGAUCCUACUCGUGACAUUAGUGAUUCUUAUGACGAUGUGUGUGCUAGAUUCACCAUGGUGUGUCACCGUGACAGCGUAACCCACGUUUAAAGGAAUCGUCAUCGGCGAUCGCGAAGGAAUCGAUAGAAAGAGAGGAGCAAAGGGGAGAAGAAAGAAGCGCGGCGUUCGGGGGAAGAAGAGAGAAAAGGGAGAUAUAUAGAAGCUCUCCCGAUUGGCCGAGAAGUUACAAUAGACCGCUACCACUGUCGGGGGGCUCGCGUGACACGCGCCGUUUCUCACUCUGCACAUUUGCUCGUCCACCUCGACGCGGAGGAAGCUCUCCCGAUCUCGAUAAACACACACACACACACACACGCUCGCGUACACAUACACACACAUACAUACACACGCACGCACGUACACACAUACACACACGCGCCUCCCGCUUCCAUUCUCCACCCGGACGGUAUAAUCCUUAACGACGAGGACACGCGUACCAGGGAGGCACCGAUAGUAUGACGGUGAUGCUGCUGCAACGUUCAGUCACCCCGCAGUCGACGCACAGCCAAAAGACAGCGAACAAGGACUGCAACGCGAAGCCACCCUUCUUAUUCUUGCUCGACGACUGUCAAGAGCACAGCCACUCCGUUGACACUACCAUCACCACCACGACAACCAACAACAACAACAACAACAACAACAAUAACAACAACAACAACAUUAACAUUAACAAUAACAAUAACAAUAAGAACGACGACACGCUCAAAGGAGGUAGCAGAAGAGACAGUAAUCGUUCGUGCGUCGCCGACGAGGCGGCGGCGUCGGUGACGUCCCAAAGACGCGCCGAGUGUGGCCAGGACGUCGCGAUGCGAUAUUACCGGCUCUGGAUAUACACCUGUAACUUGGUGCUGCUCGGUAGCGCGCUAGGCUUUGCAGCCGCGGUCUCACGAACCCUUUUAUUCACCGGUGAUCCACGCCGGUACGUGGUGCCCGGGGUGCCCCGUGCAUACGACCCGACAGCCCUCUACGCUUACCUGGCACUGGCCACGCAGCUGGGCUUGGUGCAAUUGUUGGGUUGUAUAGCGGCGAGGAGAUUGAGCGCAAGACUUCUCAACGCCUAUUGGGUCCUGCUUCUCGCGCUUCUUUUCGGCGACGCCGUGAUCGGGGUCGCCUGGGUCUUCCGGUUUGAGAGGAUGCGCGCCGAGCUCAGGCCUACUCUCAGGCAACGAUUGCAGAUGGAAUACGGGAAGGAUCUACGAUUCAGCGAGCAGUGGGACCGUUUGCAGAAGGAGUUCACCUGCUGCGGCGUGACCGGCCCUAAGGAUUUCGGUAGCCGAUGGCCGCUCACCUGUUGCGGGCCGUCCGGCAACGUUAGCGACAGUUGUCAACCGUACGCGAGGGGAUGCGAGGAGUCGUUGAUAAAAUGGCUACGGAAGACCGCCGACUUGCUGUUCGUCUUGGGCUUCUGCGUGAUAGCGUUCGCCAAAUUGUGUUUCCUCGGUAUACUGCGUUACGAGAUAAGGGAGAUGAUACAGAAGAUACGAUUGUUAAGGGAGCCACCGCCUCCGGCGACCACCCUCGCGCAACCACCAUUCUCCCAAGUGAUACCGGAAGCGACCAACAACGGGAGCAUCGUUCGACGCACCACUCUGCCUAACGCUGUCACCCCUUCCGGAAACGCAUCGUUGUUGAUUCAAACGGAGGAAUGCAACACCGGAAGGCAUCCUUUGUUGGCGAACAAUUUGCAGGAUGGCGGGGCGGACAGCGACACGAACAGUCAUUGCGCGCUGAUCCUCGAGGAAACAACGCCUACCUCGGCGAACCAUAAUUGCGGUAACAGAGAGAAAAGCAAUGGCAACAACAAUUACGAAAUGCGAGAAUUCAACAGGAGGCUGUGGUUGUCGAACGGUGGCAGCCCGGGCACGGGUAUAACAGCCGGUGGUCAAAGCAGGCGCACCUGACUAUGGAAGUGGUGGCGAAACACGUCGAACCGUCUCCUCUACAGGAGCAAUCGGUCUGCCGAGAUCACCGUGUAUAAGAUAGGUCCACAAACCGGAGCUAAGGUUUCUAAAGAUUCUACUGACCUCACGAGCACACCAGCCCACAAUAAGCGAAUAACGUUCAAAGUUUUGCGCGUUGCAAGAAAAAUGUAUCGUUAAUCCUCGUUAAUAGUAUCGAAUAAAAUACGCUCUCCUCGGAUCCUCCUGUUAGUCGACGAUAGAAAUUUAUUUAUACAAGAUGAAACUGUUUCGAUCGAGUGCUAGUUUAGACUAGUGUAUAAUUUUAUCGGUAUUCCCGGUAUUCGUUUCCUCGAGGUGCACCCACCCAAGCGUUGAGCGUGGAAUUCGCUAAAUAAACGAGAUUUUAAAGAUACAUUUUCCUCGUGACAUCGUACAUAGUGCAAAGUCUGCAUGAUAAAUGCUAUUAUUCCAAAGUGCUGAUGAACGAAAUAAAUUUCUUUUUUGCGAGUAACGAAACAAAAACGGACGAUGAAGCGCGAAAAUCGACACGAACGAAUUACAAGGAAGAACGAACCAACAAAUCGAUGGGAUAAAACAAACAAACAAACAAACAAACAAACAAAAAAAAAAACAAAAAAAAGAAAAAGAAAAAAAAAAGAAACAAAAAUUAUGAAAAAGGGAAAAAAAGGGAAGGAAAGAGGUGCGUCGAAGCUGCAUAAAGGGAAAGAAGAAGGCCUUUCGGUAUCCUUUCGAUUCUCUUUCUACGCGUAUUCCUUACAUGUCUUUCCGUCCUCGUACGGUCGGUGAACAGAAAGAAAAAAAAAAAGAAAAAAAGAA